AACAACAAACAUUUGCUCAUAAUAUUUAUCAAAGUGCGUUGUUAAUCGGUUUUCAGUUUUUAAAAUGGCACCAAAGGACAAUUUAACAGCCGUUUUGUACGGCAUCAACGAUAUGAGACUUGAACAAAGACCAAUUCCCGUACCCAAACCAAAUCAAGUGCUUCUUAAAGUGGAAGUUGUUGGUAUUUGUGGAUCCGACGUUCAUUAUUUAGUCAGUGGCAGAAUCGGGCCUUUUGUCGUGAAAGACCCCAUGGUUAUAGGUCAUGAAGCAUCGGGAACGGUGGUUCAGGUCGGACGCGACGUCAAAAACCUUAAGCCAGGUGAUCGUGUUGCUAUUGAACCUGGAAUAACUUGUCGCACAUGCCUUGACUGCAAAAGUGGCAAUUACCACUUGUGUAAAGACAUGAUUUUUUGUGCCACACCACCAGUUGAUGGAAAUUUGACCAGAUAUUACGUCCACGAUGCUGAUUUCUGUCACAAAUUGCCUGAAAACAUGGAUUUGGAAGAGGGCGCUCUCAUGGAGCCCCUCUCUGUGGGGGUGCAUGCAUGCAAGAGAGCGGGGGUGCGUGUGGGUUCCAUUGUUUUGGUUCUGGGGGCUGGACCAAUUGGGCUUGUUUCAAUGCUCACCGCCAAGGCGAUGGGGGCUUCCAAAGUCAUAAUUACAGAUAUUGUAGCCCACCGCCUGYACAAAGCUAAAGAAUUAGGUGCUGAGUUUACUUUACAAGUUACUAAAAACAUGACAGAGGAGGAAAUUGUGAAAGAGGUUAAGUCUAAAUUAGGGGAAGACCCUAACAUCACUUUGGAAUGUACAGGAGCUGAGCAGUGUGUCCGAGUUGCUUUASAAGUUACGAAAUCUGGAGGAACUGUUAUUUUAGUAGGUUUAGGGAAAUUUGAAAUGACUGUGCCUCUAGCCGGCGCCUUGGUCCGGGAAGUGAACAUUCGUGGGGUGUUUCGGUACAAUAAUGAUUAUCCUAUAGCAAUCGAAAUGGUCAAAACAGGCAAAGUCAAUGUGAAACCACUCAUAACUCAUCACUACAAACUCGAAGACACGCUGAAAGCUUUCCACAUGGCUAAAACGGGCGAAGGAAAUCCGAUCAAAGUGCUGAUACAUGCGAAUCCUGAGUGGAAAUCAUGAAUUAAAAAAAAAUAAUAAACGUAGAUUUGUUAUACCACAUUCCAUACUUUGUAUUCAAUAAAUGAAUAUUAAAAACCCUU